AUGGUCGCUCAUUCCUCCGAAGGGUUACCCGCCACCGAGCUGGCGACGUCCGCAACCGUCCCGGAGGUCGUCGCCCAACUCAAAGGCGGCGUCGAGAAAAAGGCCCAAGCGCCGGCGGCCGACCUCAAGACCAAGCUCCCGACUGUCGACGAGCUCCGUCGAGGCAUCCCGGCGCAUUGCUUCGAGCGCAAGCUCAGCAAGUCCUUCUACUAUCUUUUCCAGGUUUGAAAAUGGGGAAAUUCUUGAAAAUUUUCUGUCAAUCCACGUAGAAAAGAUUAGAAACGCAGUACGUCUAAUCGUAAUUUUUAUUCUGAAUUUUUUUACCUUAUGACACGGUGGCGUAAUAUAAAAUGUUUUGUACGCAAUGCACACAAUGCACAAAACGCGACGCGCAAAAAGACGAAAUUUAUUUUUUUAUUAUGAAAAAAACAUUUUUCUAGCUGUUUUUCAAGGGAGAAAAUUUCAUAUAUGUCUUGAGUGUGAUUUUUAAAAAAACAUAAAAAUCAUGAAAAAAAGGAAAUUUCGAGACAUGUGUGAACCAAGUUCGAUACUCACAAUAUAUUUCUUUUUUGCUCCUUAUUUUCAAAAUUAAAGCAAUUUUUCAAGGUUUUGAUUAUUUUUCAUCCCAUAUUAACAGUUUCUAAUGAUAUUGAACUAUUCUUUUAUUAAAAUACUUUUUUUUUUCUUCGCAGUGUUCACGGAUUUUUGUAGCCCUGCGGCAGGAAAUACAGAAUUCCUCCUAUAAAUCAAAUCAAAACUCUCAUAAUUCCAGGACUUUGCCGCCCUGGGCCUGCUCUACCUGGCGGUCCCCUACUUCGAGCAGUACGGAGGCCUCCUCGGCUACCUGUUCUGGAACUGUCUGAUGGGCGUGUUCGGGUUCGCGUUGUUCGUCGUCGGCCACGACUGCUUGCACGGCUCGUUCAGCGACAACCAGACGCUCAACGACAUCGUCGGCCACGUCGCCUUCGCUCCCCUCUUCUCGCCCUACUUCCCCUGGCAGAAGAGCCACAAGCUCCACCAUGCGGUGAUUAUUUCCCCCCAAAAUCGAGGAAAAGACAAUUUUUCAGUCAAAAUAAGUAGAUAACUGCUUAGGAAUUUUAGAGUGGUCCCUAUAGGUAAAAAAUUAAAGUGGUUCCUGUAGGGGUUUAGGGUCUGACCUGAAGCUUAAGUGACCCUUCUAGGGACCACUUUACCGACCCCUAUAGGGACCCCUAACGAUUAAAGGGUGGUCACUGUAGGGUUUUCAGUUAGUGGCCUCUAUAGAGGACAUGAUAGUAGUAAUGUUUAAUGAACUCUAUGCGAAAAACUGAUUAAAUAGCCAUUUUUUGAAUAAAUUGAACGAUCCCUAUAGGGAACACUCAAGCUUUAGGGGCUAAGAGAAUAGAUCUUGAAGCCCUAUAGGGAACACCUAGAUUUAACCCUAUAGGGACCACUUUUUUCGGCUUUUCGGCUCUAGGCGCUCUUCAUCCUUCUAAUUUCUAUAGGGAUCACUCUGAAAUUCCUCAAUACCAGGCUGAAAAUCAAAAAAAUGCCAUUUCCUUUUUUUCUGAUUCCUCUGAACUAUAAUAGCCUAAUUUAAACCUUUUUUUAAAAUUUUUUUAUAUUCCAAAUAAUCAUCGUUUCGCAGUUAUCUAUUUUUUUCUCUGAUUUUUUUAAAAAAAUUUUUCUAUCCCUGAUUUUUUUCUUGCGAAAGUAUUUGGAAACUCAAAAAAUCCCGUAUUUCAGUUCACCAACCAUCUCGAAAAAGACCACGGAAUCCCCUGGACCCAGGACAAGGAUUAUUUGACCUGGCCCCUUUGGAAGCGAAUUUUCAACCCGUUGCCGUUCUCCGGAUGGAUCAAGUUCGUUUUAAAAAUAUUCACCGAAAUUACGAUCGAAAAUCAAGAAGUUUCCGUGUUUUUUGUUCUUUUAUUGCACAAAUUGGUGUAGUUUUUUAUCUCGGUUCCGUCUGGUUUGACGUCGUAACCCGUCUUUUGGUUCUCCUUAUCUAAUUUCCCGUUUUCUUGCGAUUUGAGCUUCUUUUGGUGAUAAGAUCAUUGGAGAAAGUGAAAGAAGUAGAACGACUUUCUUGAGACUACGGAGUGGAGCUAGGACAGGGUCCUUUUUUAUGAAAAGGGAAUAUAGGAUAGAAAUGGUCUUGAAUAGGGGUAUUUAGGGACCUUGGGAACUCCAGAGAGGUCCCUAGAGGGGCAAUCUUAGGGGUACUUUGAGAAUCCCCUCUAGGGGCCACUUUACCAACCCCUAAUCAAACGAAAUUGGAUGACCCCUAUAGUGACCACUUAAGCUCCGGGGGUGAGGGGUCAGACCCUGAAGCCCUAUAGGAACGACCUUGAUUUAACCCCUAUACGGACCACUUUUUUCAGACCAUAGGGACUUUUUAACUUUCUAUUCCUCUAGGGACCACUUCACGAACCCCUAUAGGGGUUUUAGUUAGUAGUCCCUAUAGGGGACAUGCUAGUCGUUAACUGUUAUGAACUCUAAGCGAAGAAGCAUUCCGAUGGGAAAAAAUAAAGAAAGAAACAGUUUUUGAAUGAAAUAGAAAGACCCCUAUAGGGCCCACUUGAGCUUGAGGGUCUGAGGGCUGAGACCUUUGAACUAGAGUUCACCAAACCGAUCAUUCAACCAUUUCAAUUGAUCAAACUAUUGACAUGUCACUGUUCAACCAAAUUUUAACAUGUCAUUUUUUGAGAGAUCGUUUAUUAAAUCAGUUUUUGAUCUCUUACAUUAAUGAUCAGUCAUUGGAUUUUUAACGUUUUUGAUAUAUCGAUAUUUUUGACCAAUAUAUUCAAUACAACAUUUCGAUCUUUCAUUUUUCGACCAAUAUUUUCAAUACAACAUUUCGAUCAAUCAUUUUUUUGACCAAUAUUUUUGAGCAUAAAAUUUCGAUCGAUCGAAAUUCCGAGCGAUCGAUUUUCGAAACAGAUCGCUCACACGGGGCAGGUUUUCGGAGUACUAGUAAACAGGUGAAAAUAUUUAAUUUUUUUCCGACAAAUUAAAGUUUUUGCAUUUUUUUCUUGAACUUAUUUGUUAUAGUCUAUAUGGCAUUGUAAAAAAAUUUUUUUGCUUUUUAGUACCAGUGAACACAGAGAAACAGAAAAAAACGAUGAUGAUAUUUCGUUACGAAAAAAAUCAAAAAAAGAAAUUAUGAUGAACAUUUGAAAGAGAAGCGGUUUUUUUAAACAGUAGUUUUUAAACAUACUUUUUUUAACCAAAAUGCAUUCCGAUCAAUCAUUUUUUUGACAAAAAUUUUUCAAUACAAAAAUUUUUGAUCUAUCAUUUUUUUCGACCAAUAUUUUAGGCAUAAAAAUUUUUGAUCAGUCAUUAUUUCGACCAACAUUUUCAAAACAACAUUUCGAUCAAUCAUUUUUUCGACCAAUAUAUUCAAUACAACAUUUCGAUCAAUCAUUUUUUCGACCAAUAUAUUCAAUACAAAAUUUCGAUCAAUCGAAAACUGAACGAUCGAUUCAAAAUGAUCUCUCAUUUAAAUGAAAUGUUGACAUUUCGAAAAAACGAGAGAUCAUAAUCAUGAGACAUGUUAAUCGUUCGGUAGCAAGAAAUGUUAAUCAAUCAUAUUUUUGGUAACAUGUCAUGAAAAUAUUGGUUGAACGUUUGGUCGAACGAUCGGUUUGGUGAACUCUACUUUGAACCCCUCUAGGGACCACCUUAUUUCUACCUCAAUAGGGACCACUUUUUCAGCUUCUAUAGGUGUUUUUAGGCUUGAAAAAUGACAAAAAUCAUGAAUUUAGAUGGUUCCCCACCUACACGCUGUUCGGUUACUGCGACGGCUCCCAUUUCUGGCCAUAUUCUUCGCUUUUCGUCCGGAAUUCGGAACGGGUCCAGUGCGUCAUUUCUACCGCCACCUGUGUCACGGCCGCCUAUGUACUAUUUCUUGAAUUUUGGUUUCUCGUUGCUCUUUCUUGCUCUGUGUUGCUCAUAUUAGCUUUUUGGCAAUUUUAAUUUUGAAAAUUCUCUUCCUAAUAGGAAUCCACGGAUUUUGGUCAUCAUUUGCUUUUUUUCAAAAAAGCGAAAAUCUCUUGAGUUUUGGCGCCUUUCCAACAAAUUUUCAAUUUUCUUGUAUAAGUUACUGAAGCAAUUUUGACGGUUUUUAUGAUUUUCAUACUUUUUUUAUUUUCAAAAAUGCCAAAAUCGGGACCAAAUGUUGAAUUUUCCCCAUUAAGAUCGCCUUCUUGCUGAGCGGCUCCUCGUUCUUCACCUGGUUCAAGUACUACUGGGUGCCUCUCUCGUUCUUCAGCUGCAUGCUGGUCAUGGUCACCUACCUGCAACACAACGAGGAGGAUACUGAGGUGAACAAAAGCGGGAAAAAUCAGCUGAAAACCAAUGAAAAUUCGAGAAGUUUGUGUAAAACUGCUCAAUUUUUCUACAACUUUUCUGAAAAAAUGCUCAUUUUCUUUAUCUGGGACAUUUUUUCAUGACAGAACCAGAAAAAAAACGACUUUUUCCAGGUCUACGAAGCCGACGAAUGGUCGUUUGUCCGUGGCCAGACUCAGACCGUCGAUCGGUAUUAUGGCCUGGGUCUCGACUCGACUAUGCACCAUAUCACUGAUGGUACUGUAGUUUUGUUGGAUUUCUCGAAAAUGCGACCAUUUUAGGACACGUCGCUCACCACUUCUUCAACAAAAUCCCGCAUUACAAUCUGAUCGAGGCGACGGAUGGCAUCAGAAAGGUAUGCAAAGGGUUUUGGGAGAAGUUAUAGCCAAUCCACGACCAAAAAUGGUCCCGACACGAUAUCUGCCUUGACCAAAAGGGUCCUGACACGAUAUGUGCCUUAGCCAGACCAAAAUGGGUUCCGACACGAUAUCUUCCUUAGCCAGACCAAAUAAGGUCCUGGCACGAUAUCUGCCUUGGACAGACCAAAAUGGGUCCUGAAACGAUAUCUGCCUUAGCCAGACCAAAAUGGGACACGAUAUCUUCCUUAGCCAGACCCAAAUGGGUCCUGAAAAGAUAUCUCUCUUAGCCAGACCAUAAUGGGUCCUGACACGAUAUCUGCCUCAGGCAGACCAAAAAGGGUCCCGACACGAUAUCUGCCUUGGACAGACCAAAAUGGGUCCCGACAAGAUAUGUCCCUUAGCCAGACCAAAAUGGGUCCUGAAACGAUAUCUGCCUUAGCCAGACCAUAAUGGGUCCUGACACGAUAUCUGUCUUAGCCAGACCAAAAAGAUAUAAGAAAAAAUAGUGUCUAUAUGAUGGAGAGCCCAGACAGUUCACCACUUCUUAGCAUUCCAAGCUAGCCGUGAGUCUGAUAUACUGAGGAUCCUCUGAGUGAUCCCUAUAGGGGCAUCUAGGGACCACUAAAGCUUGCAAAAGUGGCCCCCAUAGGAGAAAUUCUAGUCGAUAAUUGUUAUGAACUCCUAGCGAAGAAGCAAUUCCAUGGGAAAAACUGAAUAAAUAACCUUUUUUGAAUAAAAUUGAAAGACCCCUAUGGGGACCACUUAAGCUUUAGGGGCGAAGGGGUCAGACUCUUAACCCUCAUAGGGAUCACCUUGAUUUUACCUCUAUAGGGAUCACUUUUUCGGGCCCUUUUCAGGGGCUAAGGAGUCCGACUCUAAACCCCUAUAGAGACCACCUUAAUUUGACCCUAUAGGGACCACUUUUUCGGCCCCUGAAAGCUGUUUUAAGGCAUCUUUGUCCAUGAAAAACGGCCUUCGAACCUUUUUUCAGGCUUGAAAUAGUUCUUUUUCUAUACUAAUUCCAUAUAUUCACAUUAAAAUUUCCAUUUCAAGGUGCUGGAACCACUGAAGGGCACCCAAUACGCCUACAAAUACCAGGUCAACUACGACUUCUUCGCGAGAUUCCUCUGGUACAACGUCAAACUCGACUAUCUGGUGCACAAGAGCAAAGGCGUCCUCCAAUUCCGGUCCCAUUCAGAAGCUCAAGCCAAAAAAUCGCUUUAAUUUCGAAGCAAAACGGCCCUUUUUUCUCUGACCUUCACAUUUUUUUGUCACAUUUUUCCCCCAAAAAACGUGUUUUCUCGUAAUGAAUAAUAUGGGCUUCUGUAUUCAUCCAAAAACUUCGGGUGAUCUUUUUUUUCAGAACUUUUGUCGCAUGUUGCGAAUUUCCUAGGCCCCUUUUUUCAGUAUCCAUGUAGUGAUUUUUUUGUUUUUUUUUUACGGAGAAUGACAAUAAAUGAUUGUGGAUUUGGUCGAUUUUGAUGUUUGACGUAAAAAAAAUGUUUCGUUUGGAGUAUUUCUGAAGAAAGAAAUUUACAGGGUUCGGAAUAGUUGGAAGUUCUGUUUUUCAUGGAUUUUUAUUGGAAAACGUAUGUUUUUCCAUAAUUUUUUUGUUUUUUUGUUUUUUUGUUUUUUUAAAAGUAGUGAGUGCUUUUUUUAUAUUUCCUUGAUUAUAUUCAGAAAAUUUUUUUAUGUGAAAAAGAGUUUUUUUCAAAAAAAUAUUUCAAUAGCCAAAAAAAUCCAAACAAAUGAGGAUAGGAAGCUUCUUUCAAUAUAAAUUGAAGUUCAAAAAAACCUUGAAAUCUGAAUUUUUAAGAAAAAAACAAGGAAAAAAAUAGGAUUUUUUUACACGGCCAAUGAUCACACGAGUGUAAAUUUUCGCAAGAACAGUUAAAUUUUUUUCGAAUUUUUUUGCGAUUUCAGUUUUAUGAAUUCUAAGAUUUUUGUUCAAAUUCAAUAAAAUUUAAGCUGGAAAAAGUCAAAAGUCAUGCAUUUUUUUCGAAAAGUCUGAGAAAAAAAUAGGCCUACCAUUUUUUUCAAGUUCGAAUCCUCUCCAAUUAUUUUUGAACUUGAAAUUUAUAUAAUUGAAUCAGUUUCAAAAAUGCUUAUUUUUUUGUUCUACUUACCAAUAUUUUUCAAGAUUUCAUAGACUUUUUAAAAUUUUAUUUUGAGUUUUGAUUAUCAAUAUUCGCCUGUCAUCAAGAAAAAGGAAACGUUCAAAUUUUAUUGGAUUUUCCCGACUAUAAUACACUUCAUAAACCUCAGAAAUAGAAAGUUUAAAGUGCAACCGCUCAAGAAAAAUCUCACCUGUCCCAACGGGAAAAAAACUCAAAGAACGACCAAGUUGGACAGCAGUUUUUGAAAAAUGGCGCCACGUGCGACUAACUUCUCGUCUCUUUUCGAACUCUUUCGACUUUUUCUUUUGAAUAAAUGUAUAGGGUCGAUUUCACAUGAUUCAUUUUGACAUGGGAAAGGACUAAUGCGAAAAAGUGAUCAAAUUUUGAAUUUCAAUCGAUUUUCGGCCAGUGGUGGUGUGUUUCCCCAUGUUUAUUUCGAAAGGAACUUCAAACUGGCUACCAAAUCUUUAUCGGAAGUUCGCGAAUAUUUUUGUGAGCUCGAAAUCAAUCCCUUAAAUGUUCUUUUUUCCACCUUCUCUCACUUUUUUCAUUUUUUUCGUGAUAAAAAAAUCUUCAAAAUAAGCAGAAAAUGACUCAUAUCGAAGUAUUAGAAAAUUUAUUUCAUCAAUUUGGAUCACUUGAUUGUUAUUUAUCAAUUGUCCGGUCAGCUUCGCCGUAGCCAAGGAUUUUUUUAUCAUUCACAGAUUUUUUUCAAAUUUCGUAGUGUAGUGAGUCUAUUUUUUUCACAAACAUCUUGAUAUCAUAAAUGAUGCAGUUUUUUAAAAAAACUCAUGAAAAAUGAGAGAAAAGGAUGUUUUUUUAAAUUGUCGGUUUCAGAUCUGAAAAAAAUUCAUGAACAUUUUUUUCAAGAAGUACAUUUUUUUGAAGGCUUGCGGAGCCCUUGAUUACCUUAAAAAAAUCGGCUUCUUCUUGUAAAGAACUGCCAGAAUAUUUAAAUACUUUCGAAUUAAACCUUGAAACUUUGUAAUUCCGAUAUUGAUUUUUUUGAAAAUUCCAAAUAUCAACUUUCUCUAAUCCACUUUCCUGCAUUUAUUUUUUAACAAGGUAUCCAAAACUUCGACUUUUUGUUUUCAAACCUUCGCGCUCUGAAAAUCGUCAUCUUUCAAGAAUUUCAUCAAUUUUAUCAAUAACUGUCUAAUAAGCUUGACCAUCCUUCUCGAAUCAAAAAGAAAAAAGUGCGGGACAACGGUGUGUGGCGUGAGUAGAGCAGAGGACAAAAGACAUACACCAAUCACGCCACAAUUUCGUCUCGGCUGCUGUCCGUUUUUUUCCACCUCUAUCACUAUCGCCAUGGUUAUCUCGGUGAUAUUACCUCCUUCGUUUCCCUCAGUUCUUUCAAAUUUUCACGCCCGGUGUUUCCAGCCGGCUUUCUGAUUUUUUGGGCUUGAUAUUUUUUUUUUUUGAAAAAUUUGACCUUUUGAUGAAGACAUUUUUUGAUUCACGGCGUUUAUCCUGUUCUUGUGCUCUCUUUUUUUAAAAUUAUUUUAAGUUUAAUCAGAUAGUUUGUUCAGGUAAUCACCACAAACGUCAAAACCAUGACCAUCCCCACACAGAUCCAGACAAAGAAGACCGAGCUCAAGCGGACGGUUCGUUUUUUUUUUAGAGAAAGUUGAAAAGCAAUUCGAGGGGUUUCUUAAACUAGGCCUUUUUUUCUUUGAUUUUUCUUUCGAAUAUAUUUAAAAUUUUUCAAAAAUUUCCUCAUGGCGAAAGGGAAAUUUCGAAAUUUAUUUAUUAUUUUUUUCUUCAGAAGAUCCAUUUAUUUCAAGUGUCAAGAAUCUAUACCAACUCAAAAGGAAAAUCAAAAAUUUUUGAGCAGGGAGUAAUGAAUAUCCGAAAAACGAGCGGUGCAGCUCCCAAAAGUUUCAUUAAGCAGACCAAAAUUUGAAUCCAAGAAGCUAAGCAGACCAAAAUGCAGCUCUCAAAAAUUUUAAGCAGACCAAAACUUAUAUCCAAAAAAGUUAAGCAGACCAAAUUGCAGCUCUCAAAAAUUUUAAGCAGACCAAAACUUAUUUCUAAAAAAGUUAAGCAGACCAAAUUGCAGCCCUCAAAAAUUUUAAGCAGACCAAAAUUAAUUCCAAUAAGGCUAGGAAGACCAAAAUGCAGCUCCCAAAAUUUAAAGCAGAAUUCAAUUCCAUUAAGCUACGCAGACCAGGGCUUUCAAAAAAAGCCGACCGAAUUAGAGCUUUCGAUAUUUUUCUGAAGACUGAGGAUAUUUAAAAAAUGUUUUCAUAAUUAAUUGUGUUUAUGCAAGUUAUAUCUAACCUUUUUUCAGCCUGUCCCAACCCUGCCGACAAUGACGGCAAUCAAGGCGGCCGUUCCGGAGCACUGUUUCGUCAAAGAUCCGAUCAGAUCGAUCAGAUAUUUGAUCCAGGACUUGCUUCUUCUGGUUGGACUAUACGCGGUUCUUCCCUACGUUGAGGGCUACUUCGGCUGGAUAGGUCUUCUCGCAUGGUUAGUUCUCUUAAAAAUACAUAUAUCAAUUUGAAAUCUUUUAUUUUCAAGGUAUUGGGCGAUUGGCUUCGUGGGCUGCUCACUUUUCGUUGUGGGACACGACUGCGGCCAUGGCUCAUUUUCCGAUUAUGAAUGGCUCAAUGACCUCUGUGGCCAUUUGGCUCAUGCUCCGAUUUUGGCGCCAUUCUGGCCCUGGCAGAAGUCUCACCGACAACAUCAUCAAGUAAGAUUUUCUGGAGGAGAUAAAUUAUAACGAGAAUUGAUUUCAGUACACAGCUCAUUUGGAGAAAGACAGAGGGCAUCCUUGGGUCACUGAGCAAGAUUUCAACAGCCGGAAUCUUAUCGAGAAGUAUUUCUCAGUCUUGCCCAUUUCUGGAUGGCUGAGGUUGGUUUCUGGGGAAAACCGUGAAGGGGAAUCAUGUAAAUUCCAACUGAUAAGAGCGAAUAUCGAUUGAUUUUAAAAUAGAAAAAUCGGAUGUUGAAAAGAGGCGCGCCGUAGCGCAACAGGUUGUGUGCCUGCCUACGGUCCACAGGGUCACAAGUUCGAUCCCCGCCCCGACCCAACCAAGGGGUUUAAGAAAUGUUUGUUGUGGGAAACCACGGCUUCAUAGUCCCCAGCUGUCACACACAAGGACGGAUAUGUCACUGGAGACAGUCCACUGAUAUCAGGAUAGGACUUCGGCUAAUCGACUUGGGGCGCCGACGCCGCUCAAACGGUACAAAGGCAUAAGAAGAAGAAGAGGAUGUUGAAAAGUGCUUUCUGGAAGCUGCAUUUUGGUCUGCUUAGAUUACUAGAUUUUGAUUUUUGUGAUCUUAAAAAUGUUGAGAGCUGCAAUUUAGUACGUCUGCUUUUUUUAAACUUUGAACCAAAAAUUUUAUUCGGUAUUCAAAGAAGGUUGUCUGCUGAUUAAUUGAAGAGUUGUUGUUGGUUUGCAAAACUUUAGUUGAUCACAGCGCAAGGUCUUUCUUAUUGAAAUAAAAGCAAUCAAGGUUGAUUUUUUUCGAUGAUCACUGUUUCUCUAUGUUGGAACAGUACGGCGCGCAGUUUGUUCAGGGUUGACGGGUGUAUUUGGGAGGUAGAAAUGAAAUAAUACUGGCUAUUAUUUAAAACCAAAGUUCACGUUUUCAAAGUUUAUAGUUUCACCUCCAAAACUGUCUCGCUGAUAAUCCAGAAACUAAUUUAAUUUUUGUCGCAAAAAUUUAGAAAAGUAUACUGGAAUACUUGAAUACUAGAAUACUAGAAUACUUGAAAGGGCUUCCAUUUAUAUUUUGAUCUGUUUUCAAAAAAGGAGAAAUGUUGGACUUCUUGGCUUCUUGAGAGCUGCAAAUUGGUCUACUUAACUUUUUUGGAAAUAAGUUUUGGUCUGCUUAAAAUUUUUGAGAGCUGCAACUUGGUCUGCUUAACUUUUUUUUGAAAAUAAGUUUUGGUCUGCUUAAAAUUUUUGAGAGCUGCAUUUUUUUUUUUGCUACGGUUUUUGUGCUUCUCAGUUUUCCUAAAGUAGCGUCUUGCUCUGCCCAAACUUUCAAUCGGAAACUCUUCUAUGGUCCCUGACCUCUAAAAAUAUAAAUGCUUUGCCUAUUCUUGUCCUUCUGAAAAAAAAGAAAACUUGGCAAGAAAUAACCUGACGGCCGCACCUUUAGCUUAACCCUCUUUAGGACGGAUUAGGCGCUAAGAACAGCGCCAAAUCGGGUCCCUCAUGUUUGUUGGCCAGCUGUCCUUUUUGCACUUUGAACUAGAACGACAUAGACAAAUAGAUACCGUAAUCACCGUAAUCCAUUGCAGAUGGAACCCAAUUUAUACGGUAGUUGGCCUUCCCGAUGGAUCCCACUUCUGGCCAUGGAGCAAGUUGUUCGACAACAACACUGAUCGCGUCAAAUGUGUCGUUUCUGGCGUGGCUUGCUUCAUCUGCGGAUAUGUUAGUCACAGUAGUCUUCAUACAGUAAUUGAUAGAGUGUUACUGUAGAUUGCCUUCGUCUGGAGCGGUUAUUCAGUCUACAACUGGGUCAAAUACUACUACGUUCCUCUGCUCUUCCAAGGACUUAUUCUGGUCAUGAUCACUUAUCUUCAACAUCAGAACGAAGAAGUCGAGGUGAGAUGAGUUACUGUGAGACUUUUUCAGAAGCUUUCGAAAAAUUCAUGCUUUAGUUGUAAAGGACAAAGUUAAAGGGAAAAUCAAAUUGUAUUUUCAAAACUAGGAGGAUUUAUCAAAAGUAGCACCUUUUUUUGAAAUCCAAGAUUUUUAGGAAGCAGCCGUCCAGAAAGAGUUUGAGGGCUGCAUUUUGGCCUGUUUAACUUUUGUUAUAGGCUGAUUUUGGUCUGCUUAGUUUGUUGGUUUUUGAUUUUGGUCUGCUUAACUUUUUUGAGAGCUGCAUUUUGGUCUGCUUAGUCUCUUCGAUUUUGAUUUUGGUCUGCUUAACUUUUUUGAGAGCUGCGUUUUGGUCUGCUUAGUCUCUUCGAUUUUGAUUUUGGUCUGCUUAACUUUUUUGAGAGCUGCAUUUUGGUCUGCUUAGUCUCUUCGAUUUUGAUUUUGGUCUGCUUAACUUUUUUGAGAGCUGCAUUUUGGUCUGCUUAGUCUCUUCGAUUUUGAUUUUGGUCUGCUUAACUUUUUUGAGAGCUGCGUUUUGGUCUGCUUAGCUUCUUGAUAUUUUAUUCGUAACCAGUGCACAGAGUAAUUAUUUCUACAGUAAUCUUAAACUUCACAGAUCUACGAACCGGAAGAAUGGCAGUUUGUCCGCGGCCAGACUCAGACGAUCGACAGAAAAUGGGGCUUCGGAUUGGACACCCUCAUGCACAAUAUCACUGAUGGUAAGUCUUGAAUAGUUCGGGAUAUGAAAUGACGUCAUCCGUUUCAGGCCACGUCGCUCAUCACUUCUUUUUCACCAAGAUCCCUCACUACAACUUGCUCGACGCUACUGAAGGAAUCAAGAAGGUGAGAAAUUUUUGAAGAGGUGAUUGUAGGAGAAAAGAACUUUCCGAGCUUCUGAAAAAAAUUCAUCGAGGUUCUCAAUAAUAAAAGAGUUAUAAUUGGCCGCGCAUCAACUAACUAGUGACGUCAUUAUAGCCAAUUCAUGGUUUUUGAGCCCUUUUUUCUAACGUCAUCGGGUUCAUUUUUCGGAGAGUUUAAUCGAUUGAAAGUUUUGGCUGCGCACCAACUGGUAUACAUUUUAAUGAAGCCAUCAAACUAUAAAAUCAGUUCUCGACUUCAUUAGGCCUACAUAAAGGCUUUCCAAGGCAGUUUCGUUUCAUUCCAAAAAGAAGUCUCCUAAUUUGACUGCGCAUCAUCUGAGACUUUUGCAGGUCCUGAAACCCCUGGACGGAACGCCGUACGGCUACAAGAGCGAGACGAACAUGGACUUUUUCUUCAAAUACAUGCGCUACAACAUGAAACUCGACUAUUUGAUCCACAAGAGCAAGGGCGUACUCCAGUACCGUGUCGGCGUCGAAGCCAACCGAAAAUCCCAAUAA